UAUCGAGUAUAAAUACCCUCCUUCAAGUUUUGACUAGUACGUCGCCUUCUUCUUCAGCAACUGUUCCAUUAAGUUACCAAGCUCUGUGAAGAGGUUGGUCGAUUGAUAAAAGGAAAAGAAAAAGAAACAGAGAGAGGAGAGAUUACAUAGAGAAUGAUAGGGUUGGAGGAUGUGUAUAAGGUGGUGGAGGCGAUGGUGCCGCUAUAUGUCGCGUUGAUGUUGGGCUACGGAUCGGUGAAGUGGUGGAAGAUUUUUAAGCCGGAGCAGUGUGAUGCGGUAAACCGGCUUGUCUGCUAUUUCACCCUCCCUCUCUUCACCUUCGAGUUCACGGCCCAUGUUGAUCCCUUCGAGUGGAACUACGCGUUCAUCGCCGCAGACGUCGUCUCCAAGGUCAUCAUAGUCUUGGUGCUAGCGUUUUGGGCCAAGUGCAGCACCAAAGGGAGCUAUUGCUGGUCCAUCACCAGCUUCUCGCUGUGUACGCUGACCAACUCGCUCGUCGUUGGCGUCCCCCUGCUCAAGGCCAUGUAUGGCUCGAUGGGCGUGGACCUGGUGAUCCAGGGCUCGGUGUUCCAGGCGAUCGUGUGGCUCACGUUGCUCCUUUUUGUGCUGGAGAUGAAGCGGUCGGGGCUUGACAUCUCAUCGACACCAUCCUCCACGGAGGGCGACUCGCCAGCAAGGACAGUCGUCGAUCCGGUGGCCAAAUUCAAUUUGGAAGGGGGGUUGGAGAUGAUGGUGAGCUCUAGUAGGCCAUCAUUUUGGUCUCUCAUGAGGGUCGUUUGGAUGAAGCUUGCCAUGAACCCAAACUCCUAUGCAUGCAUAGUUGGUAUAGUUUGGGCGUUGAUUGCAAACAGGUGGCACUUUGAGAUGCCAGGCAUCAUAGAUGGAUGCAUAACGAUCUUGUCAAAAGCUGGGACGGGCACUGCCAUGUUUAGUAUGGGGAUGUUCAUGGCGCAGCAAGAGAAAUUGAUAGCAUGUGGGCCGAGCUUGACCGUGUUCGGGAUGGUUUUGAGGUUCAUCGCUGGUCCGGCGGCCAUGGCCAUCGGUUCUAUUGCCUUGGGCUUGCGUGGCAAUGUCCUCCGUGUCGCUAUCAUUCAGGCAGCACUGCCACAGUCGAUUACAUCCUUCAUCUACGCCAAAGAAUAUGCACUGCAUGCGGACGUGCUUAGCACUGCGGUGAUCUUUGGAAUGAUUGUCUCUUUUCCGGUGCUGCUUGCAUAUUAUGCAAUUCUCGAGCUCGUCCCCUGCUAACUUGGAGAGUUUAAAAUCUUCCAUCUUUUUUGUCUCUCUUUUUUUUCUUGGUAAGGGAAAGUGGGAUUCUUUCCUUUCCAGCCACAAGGGAUUGAUAUGGGAUCAAUAAUUUGUCGUACUCACUCUCUUUCAAUUUUCAUCACGCUCUCCUUUCUCUUGAGUUGUUUGAUUAAGCCGAUUGCAUUGUAUGGGAUCAAAUGAAUCAUGUUCGAUGCCUA